AUGCAGCGUUGCUGGGCCUUUGCGGCGGUUAUCUGCUUCUUGUGUUUUUCCAGUGACGCCUUCCAAAGGAUUUCACUCAAGAAAAUGCCCUCAAUCCGAGAAACUGUACAGGAGAUGGGCAUGAAAGUGUCCGAUGUCCUCCCUUCCUUGCAACAUGGGAUAUACUAUCUUGGUGAAGGGACUCAGAACAGAACAGCACCAACCAUCCUCACAAACUACCAGGAUGUGCAGUAUUAUGGUGAAAUUGGUAUCGGAACACCAGCUCAGGUCUUCAAAGUUGUCUUUGACACAGGUUCGGCCAACCUUUGGGUGCCAUCCCACCAAUGCUCCCCACUGUUCAGUGCCUGUGUUUCACAUAGCCGCUACGACUCCUCCAAAUCAAGUACAUACAAGCCAAAUGGAACUGAAAUUGCAAUACAAUUUGCCCAUGGAUACAUUAAGGGUUUCCUUAGCCAGGACAUUGUCAGAGUUUCUGACAUCCCUAUUGUCCAGGUGUUUGCAGAAGCCAUAGCACUAGCUAACAACCCUUUCAUCUAUGCCAGGUUUGAUGGGGUGCUUGGGAUGGGAUAUCCCAGCCAGGCCAUCGAUGGUGUUACCCCAGUGUUUGAUAAGAUAAUAUCUGAAAUGGUCUUGACAUCAAAAGUGUUCUCUGUUUACUACAGCAGAAACUCUGAGUUGAACACUGGGGGAGAAAUUAUCCUCGGAGGAAGUGACCCAUCUUACUACACCGGGGACUUCCACUAUGUCAGCAUUAGCAGGGAAGGCUAUUGGCACAUUGGUCUUAAAGGGGUAUCUGUAGGCAGUGAGAUGCUGUUCUGUCAUGAAGGUUGCACAGCAUCUAUAGAUACCGGGACGUCCUUUAUCACUGGCCCAGCCAGUUCUGUGGCUGUUCUGAUGAGAGCCAUAGGGGCUACUUUGGUUGAAGAAAGCACUUAUGUCGUUGAGUGUAAGAAAAUCCAUUUGCUGCCUGAUAUUUCCUUCCAUCUUGGAGACAGAGACUACACACUCAGUGGCUCUGCCUACGUCCUUCAGCCUACCAACUAUGGGAAAGAGCUCUGCGUUGUGGCCUUCUCCGGUAUGGACAUUCCUCCUCCCCUGGGUCCUCUCUGGCUCCUGGGUGCUGCUUUCAUUGGGCAGUACUACACCGAAUUCGACCGACAGAACAAUCGCAUUGGCUUCGCCACAUCUCUCUGACACCAGGAGAGUCCUAUUUUGGAGGAUGCCAACAUUUGAGG